UUCCUCUUGCCGGCAGUUUCAGGCAGCCUUUAGGCAUCUCCUAGUUAGCAACUUGUUUAAACUGUCUGACAAGAGCAACUGCGAAGAGGACAUGGCAACUCUUCUAGCGGCUCUUCCGGUUGGUCUCUCAGCUCCCUCAGCUUCUCUUAGCCUCGCAAGCUCACUUCCACAAUGUGCAGCUGACCUCACAUCCUGUAGUUAUCCCUCUUUAUUAUCACUUAACAACAUUGUUUACUUUGCUGGAUGGCUUGUAACAAGGUUUGUCAAAUAUCAUACAUGUCAAAACGUGACUCAGCAAUGUGAAUUGCAAAUCAAGAAUGCCACUUUUUCUGAUGACAGCCAAGUGUUGUUGUAUUUGAGUGUGAAAGGAACGGCUGAAGGAGACUUUGGAAGCCUCUCGGUCCCUUCACCUUGCUUUGUUUCUUUCGUUCAAGCUUGUGAGAAGGUUUUUGUGGCGUCAAUUGACAGUCUUGUUUUAAAAGAAGGCGUUGGGAAGGCGUUGUGCAUCACUCUUCAUGAGAAUGUCGAAAAGCUGCUGACUCUCUGCAGUGAGGAUGUCUAUGACGAUUUAUUUGCUUUGUUUGCAAGGGUGGGGCUUCAUUGGUUCGCCCGUAAAAAGAAUACUGAGCUCCUUAAUGCAGCUGUGAGACGCAAAACCAAGCAACAAGUCCAGAGGCUGUGCAGAUGAGACACCGCUUGCGUUAUGCCCACAGGAAGUCCCUUUAGUUUGUUUUACGUGUUGCAUUCAACGAUCACCCUGUGCAUUAUUGAGGAGUGUGUGAGAACAAGUGUUGACCUCGAUGUUUUCUUGUGCAGUGUGCCGACUUGAAACGUAAACCUGGAUUAGUGUUUGGUUGUGUGAGGUAUACAAAAGUAUAUCAAACUGCGAUGAAAGGUAAAUCAGUGAGUGAGUAUGGUGCUAACAAUUUGCCACAGAGCGAAUUAUUAUCCUUUUUCUAAUGCUUUCUUUCCUGUCAUUUUGUGGCAGUUUCCUGCGUCCUAACGCUCACAUAGACAGCCAAGCUGUGGAGCACAAUAUGCUUGUGGCGAGCGCAUAUGCUAUAACGAAACUUCUCAAUUUUCAAUCUCUUGAAGCAUUAAUUCAUAUGGACAUUCAAAUGCAAAAGACAGGCAUAGCUCCGACCUUGCCCGCACUUCCACUUGUGAUUGAUAUAGUUAAAUCUAGUUACGAGCUCUCAACGUGAACAGUGCAAGAUAAAUGCGUGAACGUGCCUCCUGUUGAGAGUAUUAAAUGCGCGCAUAGAGUU